CGCCCCUGCCGGCCCCGCCCCGGUGGACAGCAGCAGGAAGCGCACGGGGCUCCUCUGACGCCGCGAUCGCAAAGGAAAAGCCUGCCAGCCAGGAGCUGGGCUGGUGCCUGUGUCCUGCCUCAGCCGUGUUGGUUCAGCCUCCCCAAGGCCAAGCUGGUGGAUGGAUUGCCUUUCCACAUCUGCUUCCUGACCUUGCCAGCCCCCGCCUCAAAGGACACUUUGGCUCUGCUCCCUCUCAGCAGCCGGAGCAGCAACUCCCAGAGAAGUUUUGGCACAUCGGGCCUGUAGGCUGCUCUAUCACCAAUGAACCCCAUGAACCCCAUGAAACCUGCCCUGCCCCCUGCACCACACGGUGAUGGUUCAUUUGCAUAUGAGUCUGUGCCUUGGCAACAAAGUGCCACUCAGCCAGCCGGGUCACUGUCUGUGGUUACUACUGUAUGGGGAGUUGGCAACGCAACUCAAAGCCAGGUUUUGGGGAACCCCAUGGGCCCUGCAGGAAGCCCCCCUGGUGGCUCUAUGAUGCCUGGUGUGGCAGGUGGCAGCUCUGCCUUGACCUCCCCGCAGUGCCUGGGACAGCAGGCGUUUGCUGAAGGUGGUGCUAGCAAGGGCUACGUCCAGCAAGGCGUAUAUGGCCGUGGGGGCUACCCUGGAGGAUCCAGCUUCACCACUGGGUAUGCAGGUGGCCCUGGAGGCCUGGCCCUCCCCUCACAUGCUGCGCGGCCCUCGACAGACUUCACACAAGCAGCAGCUGCAGCUGCUAUGGCUGCUGCCGCAGCCACCGCCACGGCCACGGCCACGGCCACUGUGGCUGCCCUGCAGGAGAAACAGAGCCAGGAGCUAAGCCAAUAUGGAGCGAUGGGAACUGGACAGUCUUUUAACAGCCAGUUCCUGCAGCAUGGUGGUCCCCGAGGACCCAGUGUACCCCCUGGCAUGAACCCUUCUGGCAUGGGAGGAAUGAUGGGCCCCUCUGGCCUCUCUUCCAUGGCCAUGAACCCUGCCCGGGCAGCAGGCAUGACACCCUUGUAUGCAGGACAGCGACUGCCUCAACAUGGGUACCCUGGGCCUCCUCAGGCCCAGCCAUUACCCCGACAGGGCGUCAAGAGAGCCUAUUCAGAGGUGUACCCUGGGCAGCAGUAUCUACAAGGAGGCCAGUAUGCAGCCAGCACUGCCCAGUAUGCUCCUGGUCCUGGGCAACCCCCUGGCCCUGCCUCCUCUUACCCCGGACACAGGCUACCCCUGCAGCAGGGCAUGGCCCCUUCCCUGUCUGCACCUGGCUCCACAGGACUGCACUACAAGCCCACAGAGCAGUUCAACGGGCAGGGCGCCAGCUUCAACGGGGGCAGCAUCGGCUACAGCCAGCCUGGCUUGAGUGGGCCUUCCCGUUCCAUCCCUGGUUACCCCAGCUCUCCACUGCCGGGGAACCCCACACCACCCAUGACGCCCAGCAGCAAUGUUCCCUACAUGUCCCCAAGCCAGGAAGUCAAGUCUCCUUUCCUGCCUGACCUCAAGCCAGGCCUCAGCUCUUUGCACCCGUCACCCUCUGGAAGUGGUCCUUGUGAUGAGUUGCGCCUGACCUUCCCAGUUCGAGAUGGGGUGGUCCUGGAACCCUUCCGCCUGCAGCACAACCUGGCUGUGAGCAACCAUGUCUUCCAGCUCCGAGACUCUGUCUACAAGACCCUGAUGCUGAGGCCUGACCUGGAGCUGCAGUUCAAAUGCUACCACCAUGAGGACCGACAGAUGAACACCAACUGGCCAGCGUCUGUGCAGGUCAGCGUCAACGCCACACCCCUCAGCAUCGAGCGUGGAGACAACAAGACUUCGCACAAGCCCCUCUACCUGAAGCACGUGUGCCAGCCAGGCCGCAACACGAUCCAGAUCACUGUUACCGCCUGCUGCUGCUCUCACCUCUUCGUGCUGCAACUGGUGCACCGUCCGUCUGUCCGCUCUGUGCUGCAGGGCCUCCUCAAGAAGCGCCUCCUGCCAGCUGAGCACUGCAUCACCAAGAUAAAGCGGAACUUCAGUAGCGGCACCAUCCCUGGCACCCCUGGGCCCAAUGGAGAGGAUGGGGUGGAGCAGACGGCUAUCAAGGUGUCCCUGAAGUGCCCCAUCACCUUCCGCAGGAUCCAGCUCCCAGCCCGUGGUCACGACUGUCGCCACAUACAGUGCUUUGACCUGGAGUCAUACUUGCAGCUCAACUGUGAGCGGGGGACCUGGAGGUGCCCUGUGUGCAAUAAGACGGCCUUGCUGGAGGGUCUGGAGGUGGACCAGUACAUGCUGGGUAUCCUGAUUUACAUUCAGAACUCAGACUAUGAGGAGAUCACCAUCGACCCUACGUGCAGCUGGAAGCCAGUACCUGUGAAGCCUGACCUGCACAUCAAGGAGGAGCCAGAUGGGCCAGUGCUGAAACGCUGCCGCACUGUGAGCCCCGCCCAUGUGCUCAUGCCCAGUGUGAUGGAGAUGAUCGCAGCUCUGGGCCCGGGCGCUGCCCCCUUUGCCCCUUUGCAGCCCCCUUCGGCCCCUGCCCCCAGCGACUACCCCAGCCAGGGUUCCAACUUCCUGGGGCCUGGAACCUUCCCAGAAUCCUUCCCAUCUGCUACACCCACCACCCCAAACCUUGCCGAGUUUGCCCAGGGGCCACCUCCCAUGUCCUACCAAUCUGACAUUCCCGGCAGCCUCCUGACUGCAGACAAGUCUGCUCCUUGCCUCCCAAGCCAGAUGGCACCAGCAGGCCACCUGGACCCAGCCCAUAAUCCUGGACCACCAGGAUUGCACACCCCCAACCUCGGGCCCACCCCAGGCUCCCAGCUACACCAUCCAAAUCCUCCCUCUCCAUCCUGACAGUCCCUGGGUCAACAGGGCCCAUCAGUGAAUUGGCCUUCAAUCCUGCCAUGGGCAUGAUGGGACCUCCCAGCAUGACUGCUGGGGCAGGGGAGGCCCCAGCAACAGCUCUGGAUCUGCUCCCAGAACUGACCAAUCCUGACGAACUGCUCUCCUAUCUGGGUCCACCCGACCUCCCCACAAACAGCAGCGAUGGCCUGCUCUCGCUCUUUGAGAAC